AUGCAAAACAAAAGUAAACUGGGCUGGUGUCGCUUGAAGAGACCGUAACCCAUUCCUUCCUUAAACCAUUGAAUUGAACAAGUCCCUUUAUUUGAUGUUAUUAAUUAUUAUAUUAUUGUUCAUAAAUAAAGACUCCAUAUAAAUAUAAAUAUAAAUAGAACUUCACUGUCUCUAUCUAUCUAUCUAUCUAUCUAUCUAUCAUCAAAUCAAAAUAUUCAUAACUGCGGAAGCAUCUGAAAUAGAAGGUGCGUUUAGGGUUUGCAAGAUAAUAGUUUAGAGGGAUUUCAGAUCCAAAUUCUGGUGUAUGCUGAGAUUUCGACCAACCCUCAUCCAUCCCAGGAGAAUUGAUAGGAAGGAAAAAACAGGAUGAAAGUAGGAUCUAGUAAAGGGACAAAAGUAUGCCUGACAGUGACAAGUGUUCUCAUUGCAAUUGUAUUGCUGAUAGUCAUUCUGGCAUUGACGGUGUUCAAAGCCAAGCAUCCCGUUACCACUGUCGACUCAUUAAAGAUACAAGAUUUCGAUCUGAACUUGGAUAUAGCAAAAUUGAGGGUAGAUUUGAACAUAACCCUGGAUGUGGAUGUCUCAGUCAAGAAUCCUAAUAAGGUGGGGUUCAAAUACUCAAACACUACUGCGCACCUCAAUUACAGAGGGCAGCUGAUAGGUGAAGUCCCUAUCAUUGCUGGAGAGAUUUCUUCCGGUGAAACCAAGGGAUUCAACCUCACCCUCACCGUUAUGGCCGACCGUUUGCUGUCCAAUUCCCAGCUUUACUCUGAUAUCACAUCUGGUUCAUUGCCCCUAAACACUUUCUUGAUAAUUUCUGGCAAAGUCAGUAUCUUAGGCUUUAUCAAAGUCCAUGUGGUUUCCACCACAUCCUGUGAUUUUGCAGUUAAUACUUCAAAUAAAACAGUUGGAAACCAAGAGUGCCAAUACAAAACAAAACUUUGACUAUUCAUUUGCAGUUUAGGAGUUUGCCUAUGCUCUGCAUUAGUAAAAUAGUUAAGUACUAUUUUUUAACUAAUCUUUUUCAUAGUUUACUUUGUUCCAUUGGUAAUUGCAAUUUGUUUCCAACUCUUUCUUCUCCCCUGUAAGCUGCUUCUGGAAAUUUAUUUGUUAUUAUCAUC